CUGCUGUAAAGACUAAAGGUUGUACAGUAAAACUGACUGACUGACUUUGAUUAGUCGAAUUCGAGCCCAUUAAUUUUCAAUUGUGUAUUAAAAAGAUACAACAAGAGGCGAUAAGUACAAUAUAAUAUUGUUAUGUAUCAUUGGUCAGUCGUUUAGUUGGCCACAGCAGCGCUUGCAUAACGGUAAAGCAUAAACAAGAUGUUGAAAAUAAAUAAAUAUGGCAAGAAGAUAGUACUGUUUACAUUAGUGAUAAUGAACUUAGUUGACCAACCGGCACCGGAUGUAAUAAUAGUGCAAGGGAUUUUGAGUGGUAAAAUAAGUGCAGAUGGGACGACUUUUGAAUACGUCGGUAUACCUUAUGCGACGUCAAAUAGCAGCACGAGGUUUCAAGCACCUGGACCACCGCCGUCAUGGGAUGGCGUUUACAGAGCAGUUGACGAAAUAUACGCAUGUCCCCAAAAUACAUUCAUCGGAGUUAUAGGCUCCGAAGAUUGUUUGAAAAUUAACGUGUACGUACCUGCAAUACCGAAAUCAAAACCAAUUGCCGUUAUGGUUUAUAUUCAUGGAGGUUCGUUUAUUCUAGGGAAUGGAGGUAAGCUUCUCUAUGGCCCAGGUUUCCUAGUGAGAAAAGAUGUCAUUGUAGUCACAUUUAACUAUAGACUCGGGCCCCUUGGUUUUCUAUGUCUUAGAAUUAAAGAAGCACCAGGUAAUGCUGGCUUGAAAGAUCAAAUAGCGGCAUUGAAAUGGGUUAAGAAAAAUAUUGCUGCAUUUGGAGGCGAUCCUGAUAACGUAACCGUGUUCGGUGAAAGUGCCGGAGCUACCUCAGUUUCACUGCUAUUAGCUAGCGAAGCUUCUACUGGAUUAUUUAAAAGAGCAAUAGUUCAAAGUGGGUCAUCGUUAUCUAAUUGGGCGUUAAAUAGAAAACCGGAAAUUGUUGCCAGUCAUGUUGUUAAGUCUUUUGGGUACAAUACUAAAGAUCCGAAAGAAUUAUACGAAAUAUUCUCUAAAAUGAGUUACAAAGAAAUAACGUCGAUUAAUGCAAAAAAACCACUCGAUUUAUUUUUUAAAACACAAAUUCUUCUUUUACCGUGUGUUGAAUCUAACAUUCCAGGAAUAGAACCUGUCAUAACCGAUUUACCUUACAAUAUUAUUUCUCAAAAGCCUAAAAAUGUUGAUAUAGUAUACGGCAUCACAAGUAAUGAAGGCUUAAUAGUAAUAGCUGAAGAAAAUGAAAAAUCAAUAAGAGAAAGGAAUGUACGUUAUUUGUUGGGUACGGAUCUUAAUUUUUCAUCAGAAAAUGAAGCCACUGUGAUAGCAAAGAAAAUACACAAAUUUUAUUUUGGUAAAGAUGAAAUAUCAUUAGAUAAAUUUGAGAAUAUAACAAAUUUGUACUCACACUUAUAUUUUGAGAUGCCUACAAUUUUCGAAGCGCAAUGUUUUGUUAAAAAUAGUAAAUCAAAAGUGUAUACCUAUGUUUUUGAUUAUUCUGGCAGCAGAAAUGUUUUAAAAUUUCAUAGUACAUAUUGGAACGCAAUUGGAGCGAGUCAUGGCGAUGACAUAUUUUAUAUAUUUAACGGGAAUCUGUUACCUUUUACAUUAAAUAGCAGAGAUAAAGUAAUUAUUGAGUACAUGACUAGUUUUUGGACAAACUUCGCCAAGUACGGGAAUCCCACACCAGAAACGAGUACCUUGCCAAUCAAAUGGCAUCCAAGUAAAAAAGAUAAUUUAAAUUUCUUAUACAUAAAUAGUAAAUUAAGAAUGGAUUCGAUGCCUAAUCCUGAGGCUUAUUGGUUAUGGAAAGAAAUAUAUGAUAAAUAUCGCAAUUUCGAAAUUUAAACAGUAAAAUACUUUAUAUUCAAUUGA